UUACCCAGUGUUCUUAGAGGCAACACAUUUUUAUUUGGCAAUAUGGCGGAAUAUUGUUCCAAAUGCAAGAUGUGUCUCCUUGAAACAUGAUCUGUACGACAAAGCAAAACAGUCCUUGAAAAGUGAUAUUUUCCAUGAUAUGGCUAGAACUAAAAAACAAGUUCUACAAGCAACAGCCAGAAAACAGCAGCUUCUUCUGGAGGCCGAGCAGAGAGCAGCAAGACAGGCAGAACAAGCAGGCCAGAACCCUGCCAGGAAAGGAAGGCCUGUGAAACCAGAGACAUCAACUGCCUCCUCAUCGAGUACAGGAGUAACAAAGCAUGUUGAUCCUCAGGUUAGGCCUCCUGGGAGGCCAAUAAAGACACCCAGUCCAAGAAAACUGAAACCUUUGCUGGAACCGUUGGGUGUCAAGGAAGCUGACGAUGGGAAAGUUAACUCUGAUGGAAGCUUGUACAAGAAGAUCAUUCUGGCACCUCAGAGAAAGACCAAGGUGUCUGAGGAUGUUCAGGCGGACAGUUCAAAAGCUGUGGAUAAGAAAAAUAAGAAAGAAGAGUAUCUGGAUCAAAUUGUGACUGUGAAUCUGGAUGCUGAAAAGGAGGACAAUUACAUACCAACACCCGUCUCAGGUCCAGUGAACAUGAAGAAGGCCAAGCUCACUGCCAGAAAGUCUACCAAUGCUUUGAAGAAAGCAGAGGCACAAGAACUGCUUCAAUCACUGACAAGAAAAGAGACAGAAGCACAGCCGAAUCCCUCCCUAGACAUACCCAAUGCUCAUCUUGUCCAGAUUUCUCCUGAAGAUGUCGGAAGGUCUAUUCAGUUGAAUCCACACCAAGAGGCAUUUCCCAUCCACAAAUUGUAUGCAAGGAAAUCUGGCCUGUAUCCCCCUGUGUAUCCUAAACUGAAAGCCAGAAAGAGUAUACGAUCUCCUUCAAAAGGAAAUGCGAAAAAGUCUUUCUUAACUGCAAGAAAAUCAUUCCCCCCUUGCACUCUAGCCCCGGAAGAGGUUGAGUUGUACCGAGACAACGAUCAGCCAUCUUCAUCAUCAACUCCUGAUGUGGAAUCUGUGACUGUGUUUCCCAGCAUUCAUGAAGCAGUUAUCACCCUUCCAAAGUCAGAGACCCUGCCAGUAGCUCUUGUGUGCAUUAAGGAUAUAUACAAAGGUCCUGAUCCUGCAGAAGGUAACGAAGGAGAAGCGAUUAAAGAAACACCGCCUCACACCAUCAGAAGGUCCAAUAGUCAUCAGUCACCUAGAAGAUCUAAUGAGAGGCCAAAAAGUCCAAGGAGGAAAAGUCCAAAAGGCGAUCGAAAAACAAAGAACAUUUUUGAACAAUUUCAGAAUGAGAUGAAGAAGGAGAAAGGGUCAAGAUCAAUGAGAAUGUCCCCAAACAAGAAAGGUGCUGGUCAAGAGGUUGCAAGCACUGCAAUUUCCUCUGCAAUGAAAGUGCUAAGGUCUGUCUCUGAAAAGGUUGAUGGAAGGAAAAGGAAAUCAGAGGCUUCAGGACUAUCACCUAGGAAAAAGUCUCCUAGGAGGAACUCUUUAAAAGGCAGUAGUCCUGAUAAGCUUGAUGCUGUAACAAGAAGGAAUUCUAACAGCCCUGCCAGGAGUCCAAGAUCUGGUAAGAAGGCUAAGGAUGUUCCUGACAAGAGGAGGAGUGGAUCAGCAUCACCAAGAGGGGAAAGAAGGAUCCGUUCCCCCAGUGUUAAACUUCAGGAUGAUAAUGUUGUGUAUAUGCCCCUUGUGAAAAAGGGCAAGGUUUCUUCCAAAACUUCACCAAAUGAGUUUAUGCUGACCCUUAAAGGUCAGCCUUCUGAGCAGACAAACAUAGCAAAAGAUAGUGAAAGCAAGACUGGGGUGAUAAGACAGCUAGACUUUGUAGAACUGUGUAAAGAACAAAUAGUAAAAAACAUAGCUGAAACCGUAUCAGAUGAUGAUAGUCCAAUUAUUUCAGGGGCCUCUCUGAAUGCAACAACUGGUCUUCCCAUAAGAUCAAGUUCUCCCAAACCCAGUACCAGUACAUCAGAGGGGCCAAGUGAUAAUUCUGUCCCUGAGGAUAUAGUAAUAAGAAGCAAAGGAUUGCUUGAUCUCAUUUCUAAAGUUGAUAAUCGAAUAAAGACUGCUUUGUUUGCGCCUCUAGAAUCCACUCAGUGUAUGGAAGAGGAGGAGUGUUCUGAUGUGUCUUCUUUGAACACAAGCCACAACUCUGACACACUCUCCCAUCUUGUGGAUCAGAUGGAAGCAGAGACCACCAAGGCUGUAAUAAAAGAAGUGGAUUCUAAACCACAGUCAGACAGUAAGGGUGAUGUAGAAAAUGACACUGUUCCUCCAGAUGUUAAAUGUGGUGAGUUGUAUCGCAGACUAACAGGUAAAGUGGCAGAUUCAUUAUCACCGAGUAAGUCUCAAAGACAGGUGCUGUCCAGUCCAGUCAAACCUCCAUGUGACACUGUAAAAGACAUGGUUACAGAUAAUGUCCUGAUUUUAGAUAAAAGUGAAGGUUGUCUCCUGAAAAAGCAUCUUCUGUCACCUGUGAAAUCAGUGAUGGAAGACGUCUAUGUCAAAUGUGAACCGAAAGGUGAAGCACACCCUGUGCAAUGUGAUCCUACUCCUCCGGACACUUCAAACAAAGGUUCAAAACCUGAAGAAACAAUUGAAGGCAAAAGGUUUCCACUGUGGAGAAAGUUGUAUAGAACUAAAGAACCUUUGCCACUGGAAAUUUUAGCUAAAGCUGAGAAAGACUGCAAUGUAAAUAAAAAAUCUGCAUUUGUUAGUGAUGAACUAGAAAACUAUUUAGAGGAUGUUAAGAAAUUGAACUUAAAGUCUGAACAAUCUCUUGAUCGAGAGGAGCAUAAUGCAUCUCCAGAAAGUGUAGAUUUUGGUUCUGAGGUUAAGGAGAUUGAACCAGAUUUUGAUGAAGUUGAGGGAGUAUUGUUUGUGUCAUUUGCAUCUAAGGAUCUUAUGGAUGCUCAUAUUGCUGUGGAGAAGAAGAAUCAUUGGGACAAGGAUGCUAACCAUUUACUUGGUGUUUCACGUUUGUUGUCUUUUGAGAAAGAAAAACAGGAUGGGGACUCACCAGAGCAAGGUAAAGCUAAGACUCCAAGCUCACUUAACCUUAGAGGACAACACAUGAAAUGGAAAAAGUAUAAGAGAAUGUUGAAAGAAGAGUUUGAAAAUCUGCAGUUGACAAGAGAAAGAGGAGAUCCUUACGCUGGUUUCCGACAUCCAGAGAAAACAUCUGACAUCACAAAGAUCAAAGGAUGGAGAAACAAAUUUGUUGACAUGGAAGGUGAUCCUGGUAAACUUCACUGGAGAACUGAGGAAAGACUUUUGAGAAAUCUGGAGCCAGAUGACAUCAAGGCAUUGGGCAUUAAGAAGAAACGGAGGAAGAAUAUUGUGUUCACCCAUAGGAAAGGAACCUCCAAGGACGUUGGGUACCCAGCAGGACGAACAAGCAUCUAUGGACAAUCCGGCAGUCCAGAAGAGAUUGGUGACAAUUGGGACAUGAUGAUGGAAGAGUAUGAGGAACCGUUGUAUGGAGACUAUGGAGAAGAUGGUUCUGAUCAUACCGACGAGGAGAUGAGGAGCAUCAACUGGAGUUAUGGACAUAGUGAGGAAGGUGUUAGUCUCCUUGAUAUGGACUCCAGUGUGAGGGACAGACCUUUUGGGUAUGCCAAGAGAGCACAGGUUAGGAAUGAGUUUGCAGAAUUGUUUUGUUGGGGUGAGGAGGAAAUGAAGAUAAUGAAGAACCUUGGUGGACGGGUUAGAAACAGGAGGAAGAAGAAUGACCCUCGGGAUAUGACCUCUCUCCUGCGAGACUCAGAGUCUCCAGAGAUGAAAAAGAAAUUCAGAUUGAAGAUGAAGGUCAAAAGGUCAGAUUACAUUCCUGUGGCUGUCAUCACAGAACAAAUGGCCCUCGAUGCUACUUGUGCUUUAGACUGUGGAAUAUACAAACCAACCAAAGCAGGAACAGGAUGCACAGAUAAUAUCAUGACUAAAACUAUGGUGCUAAAGACUGUACAACCAGCUGCCUUUGCUGGGAGGAAGUUGCUUAACAAAGGCAGCACCUUGUUCAGAGCUCAAAGAGACCCAAAACGGCCAAUGUUGAAGUCAGGAGUGCCUACAGAGUAUGUGAAGAGGGUGAAUUCUGUUGAAGGAGAUGGAACAGCAGAUGGUUCUCUGGACAAUCAUGACAGCCUGGAUGAAGAUGGUAUUGUCAUUGAUGGAAGCGGAGAUUCUAAAAGACCCUGUCAUAAGCCUGGAUGCAGGUAUGGUUGUAUCUGUCACCUGUGCAAUGACAAUCAGGAGGACCUGGAACCACGGUCCCAGGAAUCCCACACCUGUAACAAGGAGUACUGCCGCCUGGGCUGUAUCUGUGACAGCCUUGUUUCCAACCAGGACACCGCGAUCCCCUUCCACUGUGGCAAGCCCGAAUGCAUGAUUGAAUGUGUGUGCUCCAGACCAGAAGUUAGAUCAUCCGCUGGAGCUACCUCUUCAGGACUUCCUGAUGAUGGGGCUAACAGCUCGGAUGAGAUCCCCCCUCUUAUCCAAGACUCUGAUGUUUCUGCUGAAGGUUCUAAGUUUGAAAACCAGAAAGCCAAGGAGGACAAACCUGCUGUAUCCAAGACAUGGUCACGGCAUCCAAAAGGUGAUAAAUAUUCCAAUCUACCCAAGAGGGAAUCACGGCAUAGGAUGUCAAAGAACCUUGAUGCCAUAACCAGGAAGGCGUUGAUGGUGUAUGAGACAAGUGAAGUGUAUUGUGAACAGAGUGGUAGAUCCAGAAAGAAGCACACUGAAGAAAUUUCUCCUGGAUCAAGAGCUGCCGUGUCCAAAUUGACCUCUCCUACCAAUAAGGCCAAGGGACCAGUACUCCCUAAGGUUAUGAAAAGAAAGCCCUCCAUAUCUCAGGAGGUUGUCCAGAUCAGUGAUGAUGAUGAUGAUGAUGAUAACACUGACGUGACGUCAUGUGCCAGAUCAGCUGCAUUCAGUCCAACUAAAACAUCGGAUAGGAAUCUCUCCAAUGAUCCCACUGUUGUUCGAAUCGAGAAGACCGAGAAUGAGUCGGGUGCUUCCAGUAUCAGUAUCACCCCUGGUGGAAGCCGGCCAGGAACCCCUGGACCUAAUCCUCAGGACUUGGGCCGCAGACUUGCCAAAGUGGCCAUUGAUUGUCAGAACAAAGAUGGUGCUCCGAAAAACUCAGACAAACAUAAGCCCCAUGCAGCAGAGCUGCCCAAAAGAAAACCAUCGAGGACAUUGCCAACAGAUCUUCUCCACGCACAGUGGCACACCCAGAUGGUUUGCCUGAAAGCCAAUCCUAAACCCAAGGAGACCAAAGACCCUGGGUCAGAGUCUGAACCUGAAGAGAUAAAGCUGUUAGAAUUCAUGGCCAAUUGUAACUGGGAUAAUGCCAAACCGCAGAUUCUCAGCCGGGUAGCUCAGUGUCUGAGCAGAGGAGUGUACCCAGACCCUCGCAGGAUGGUCAUUGGUGACUUCAUUGUUGAAAUCAUGCCAAAAGCUGAAAAGUGUGCUGUCAUUCCUCCGGAACUAAAAGGCAAACUGCCUGAACAUAUGUAUUCGAUAAGGGUGAAAGUGAUGAGAAAGGCAUCGGAAUCGGAUAUCAAAAAGUUCCAAGCAGCAUCAGCAGCAGCACAUCUGAAACAACAUCGAGCAUCUUUGAACAAACCCCGAGAUUCUUUUUCUGUUCAGUCUUGUGACACAGCUUCAAGGAGAAUCUUUAAGAACACAUCCUUUGGUGGUCUGGAUAAGAAUGGUGCAUUGUCCCACACUUACCAGAAAACCCAUCCCCCUACACCUUCAUCAUCCGCCCCAUCUUCAGCAGCAACUUCAUCUGCAGCACCUUCUGUUUCAAUGGGUAUUUCAGGUUUUAAUCGCCUUCAGAUCUCUCACCCUAGCUCAACAUUCAUGGAAUCCAGUGGCAACAGUACUAUGACAAUAGAUGGAAAUCGAUCCGAAAUCUUGAAACUGAAUGACAUAUCUGGGCACAGAGAUGCUGAAUCAGAUUCAGCUGAUAUUGAGCACAUCACAGUACAGAACACAGAGACUGGUGAUUCAAUAUCAAUGGUCGUAGGCACCAUGGAUAGUAAAAAGAAAGGGAAGAAACCUGAAAAGGAAGCUAAACCGUCUGGAAACGAGCCUGUCAAAAAGAAAAACAAAGCCAAACUCCCAAGUCCUCAAGGUGAUGUAGUUCAUGAAUCCAAGCCGAAAAUCCUCAAGGGUUCAACUACUUCUUCUCUGGACAAGCUUGGUAAGAUUCCUCUUUCUGGCCCAGUGGAUGAAAAGUUUGCUUCUAUAUUUGGCUGUGUUGAAGAGUCACCAGGUGGUGCUGGCUAUGUCAGGGAUGGAGAGGUGACAAUAGACCUCACUGAUGACAAUGUAGAGACAAGUCACAACGACACACAUGACGAACCAGAACAGCUCGUUUUGGAUUCCAAGUCCAUGAACCCACCUGGAAAUGGACGAAAUGAAGCAAGCAGUGUUAAAAUACUUCCAUCUCCCGGUGACAUGAAACAUGUUCGUCCAAGUACUCCAAAAUCAUUUCCACCAAUUCAGAACCAGACAUUCCAAAUUAGGGGACCUGCAGCUCCACCUAUUGGGCAGAUUCUAGUUCCAGUUCCAGUUCCAGGUCCGACAAUGCAGACUGCUGGAUCCCAAAUAAUUCUUGCUGGUGCACCAGUUGCUACUAACGUGUCCACAGUAGGAAACUCUAGACCCACAAAGACAAUCAUCAGCACUCCUGGUGGUAAACUGUAUGGACCAUUUACUGAUAUAAAUGAUGUUAAGAUGCUUCAGGUGAAGAACCCCGAUGGAACGACCCAGCCAUUACUCAGAUUCCUACCUGCUAAUUCAUUUCCCAUUGUACCACCAGCUAAGUCAGUUGGCUCCCAAGGAAGCAAAAUUACAAAAUCUCUUCUUGGCACCAAGUACAUCCCUGGCCCCCAUGGAACAAUAUUAAGACUUGAGGAAGUGGUUGAAAACAAAUCACAGGAAAAGACCAAAGUUGAGGAAGAUGCUAAACCUUCAAAGAAGAGGCGGAGGAAAAAGAAUGUCGACCCAGCUUCUGCAAAGGGACUAAAUGCACUGUCAGCCGAUGAACCAUCAAGUAGAGGACUGAAGAAAAAGGGUCGUAAGUCAGAUCAGUCCAACUCUGUUGAAUCCUUUGAUGAGGUAGAUGGUUCCUCGGGAUCUAAGGUUCGCAAAGGAGGGUCAAAGAGUCAACCAAUGGCCACUGGAAAAUGUCCAGUUGGAAAAGACAUAGAGAAGAAAGUAAGUAGUGAAACACAUCUAGUCACAUCUCUUGAUGAGGAGGAUUCUGGAACUGCUCAACAAACUCUUAACCAGGUCCAUGUUCUUCAGGACACAGCUGAUAAGGAGAACAAAGUGGAAUACUGUGAAGCAGCUGCUGGAACAAACAAGAAACAUGGUGAUGGUGACAAAGAGUCUAGUCAGAAGAAGGUGGCCAGGAAACCUGGUCAAUCAACUUCAGGUGGAGCUGUUGAUGGGGGACUGAGACAAGCCAGAUCCUUGUCCUUAGAUUCACCUGAUACCAUUAAGACUUCCACCCCAAACCCUGGUGCUUACAAAAUGCAAAAAACGCAACAAGGAUUUUUGCCCGUAAAACGGCAGCGAAGUGACUCCGAUUCUGCAGCCUUUGCAGAUUCAAGCAAGAGAAUUAAACUUGUUGAUGGACGACCUUCAUCUGAUGCUCUCGGCAGCCCAAGUCAGAUCUUGGCCAACAUUGAAAGUUCAAUGAAACUCACUCCCAUUCAGAAGUUCAAAGGAAGGAUGAACCUUCCUGUCAUUGAUAUCUCGGAUGACGACAGUCAGAUGUCCCUUGACGGCUGUAGCAUUUCUGGACACUCGCUUCAAGGUCAACACACCAUCAACAUAUCAGAGGAGGAGAAGCUGGACGUGUUGGGGGGGGUUGGCCCAGACACACACCCCCGGGAAGAUGCCAGAGAGACCCUGUAUAGACAGCUCAAGGAAGAUGAGGAAGAUUUCAGAGGAGAAGUCCGAGAGAGGAAGACCAACAAAGAGCGCGCUCGGAGACAGGACAUCCUGUGUAUGUUCAUGUAUCUGUAUAACAGCAUCUCUGAGGGGGAGGACAACCCCCCUGUGACCCUCUCCAGACAGAAGGUGCUGGAUGCUGCGCUGAUGACCAUCGAAUGUGAGAAACAGCGCUCCGCCCAGCUGAUUGAGGACCUGAAGAUGGAGAAGUUCUACCGCCGGGCACAGAGGCGGCGGCUCCGGGUCGCUGUUGAUGGCUUGUUGAAGAAGGGGGUAUCAGCUAAAGUCAUUGGAUCCCAUCUUGAGGAAGUUAAACAGCAAGAACUGAAGCGGCACUCCAAGAGGCAUCUACUGAGGAAGAUAAUCAAGUAUGGCAGGCAGAAAUCCCUAGAUGAGAAGGAAGCAGAGAAGGAGAAGGAUACGUCAGCUCCGUCACCGUCUGCUGCUUCUGCCUCGAUCGGAUCGCCAUCAACAAGUCUGAGCUCUGAGGCCAGGACUUGUAAUGCAAAGGAGACCAAUGGCAAUUCCAUCGGAGACAUACUAAGAGCAGCUCCUGGGAUGAAGGUUGAUCCAAACAACCCAAGCUGCGUUUGGUCUGAAAGUGAAAAGUUUGUUAUCGAGAUUGAAAAAGAUGACGACGAAGAAUCUGUGAAUGAAGACAUUGAGGAAAAGGAGACAACUGAAAAUGUUUUGGCUGAGAAUGUGAAAGAUAUUACGGAUAUGAAAUUGAAAUUUGAAAAAGUUGGUAAGGCGAUCGUGAAUGAACAGGGAGGAACUAUAGAGGAUGGAGAGUGUGUUAAAAAUUCAGGGAAAAUUCCAUCUAUGCAAAAUUCUCCAGUUCAAAAGGAAAAGGGUGAUAUUAAACUCAGGGAAAAGGGUUCUGCGAAAUCAGGAAAAGGGACGCUGCAGAGAUCAAAUUCUGAGGAAGCGAUCCUGCAGGUGGAAUCGUUCAUUGAAAAUGCAGCAAGACUUAACUACGACUGUGACGACCUUGAUGCCACAGAUGGGGUGUGUGAUGACAAAGGCCCUGAGAAAGAACCAAGGUUGCCCACCAUCGAACAAGCUGAAAAGAUAAACAAAAUUCAAAAAGUGGUGAAUCAACCUGUUUCUAAAACAGAAGAAAAUCAGCCUGUGGAAUGCUUGGCUGAUGAAAUGUGUGUUGAAACCCUCGAAAGGGAAAAGUCACCUGAGAAGGAUGCCAUGUUUAGUUUGCUUCUGCCAAGUGAAUUAAAUUUUGAUGACGCAAGUGUUGAAUCUGUUCCCCUAGAAUCAAAGACACCAAGUGAGAAUUGUUCAAAAGAAGCGACAGGCGAUUUGAGCAAAGUGGGUGCCAAAAGGGAGAUAACUCAGAGUGAGGCUACUCAGGGAAGUGACAAGACGGAUACCUCUUCUAUUCGUGAAAAUGGAAAAUCGGGAAAGAAGGAGAAUAUCCUUAUUUGUGAUGUUCGUGGUUUAGCUGAGAAUGAAUUCUUCUGCACAAAAUGAGAUUAUUUUGUAUCCCAAGUAUCAUAUUUCUGAAUAUCUUCUUCAUUCAUAUCUUGAUGACUUUAAAUAUAGUAAUUCAUGAAAUUAAGAUGUUUAGGUUCAGUCAUGACUGAUCUCUGGACUGUAUAGUAGUGCUGUUGUAAGAAAGUGCUUUGUGUAAGGUGACUGCCCUUUGAAACAGGUAUUCUGGUGUAAGAUGUCCUAACUAGGAACAGGUGGCCCAGUGUCUGGUGUAAGAUGUCCCAACUAGGAACAGGUGGCCCAGUGUCUGGUGUCAGAUGUCCACACUGGGAACAGGUGGCCCAGUGUCUGGUGUAAGAAGUCUGCCCUGGGAAUAGGUGGCCCAGUGCUGGUGUAAGAUGUCCAUCCUGGGAACAGGUGGCCCAGUGUCUGGUGUAAGAUGUCCAUCCUGGGAACAGCUGGCCCAGUAUCUGGUGUAAGAUGUCCAUCCUGGGAACAGGUGGCCCAGUGUCUGGUGUAAGAUGUCCAUCCUGGGAACAGGUGUAGAUCUUACUAUCACUUCUGCCAUGUCCUCUAAAUUUAUGCUGAUGUACUUUCAACCUGACAAUUUGCUCAUGCCAACAGCCAGUUUGCCUGAUCCAUACUGUGUUUUAGUAAUGAGCAGGUCUGAUUGUAGUGAAGUUUGCUUAGUCAGUAGACAAAUAAUCUGCUAUCGCCCUGGGUCCCGUUCUACAAAGCGAACUGAGCACUACCACUAUCAAAAGCCUUUGUUAAAUUGGUCUGUUUGUUUUUUCCUGCCACACUCAACCAUAUUCAAGCUAUAUGACGGCGGUAUGUAAAUAAUCGAGUCUGGACCAGACAAUCCAAUGAUUGACAUCAUGAGCAUCAAUCUACGCAAUUGGGAUAAGAUGUCAUGCAUCAACCAAGUCAGCAAGUCUGACCACCCAAUACUGUUUGUCACCUCUUAUGACCAAUUCGAACCCAUAGUCUUCACGGUACCUUUGUUGAAGCAUAGGAGUUACGAUCAUCUUAGUGCUAAGAUAGCUUUGAGGAAUGGGGGACCUGGCACUAUUACUAAGGCUAAUACCUCCCCAGUUGUUAUUACACUAUACUUGAAAACAGAAUGACUAUCAGCGGUAGAAACUUACAGGUUUGAACCACUAGUCCUUAUAAUGAUAACAUAUACCAAAACCCUUAUAAAGUACACAUUUUUGCUAGUCCUUAUGAUACCUUAACUACUGGGCAGUUUGGCAAGGACUACAGGACUAGUGCCAAUUUCUAACGCUGACCAUUUGUACUUCGAAGCCUAUUGUAGGAAUAUUUAUGAUCAGUUCUUCUUUAACUGAUUGAUUGGUUCUCGGAUUAUUUAGGCAUGUUUGGUAUAGUAUAGGUUUUGUUGGUGGAAUGGAAUCUUGAUGUGUGUUUGUGUGGCCAGUGCUUUUGUUAUGGCACCGAUGGCCACCAGUCUUCACUGGGCUCUGAGAAACCCUAUAUUGCAUAAGAUUUCUUUAUGUUGCUGCAGUAGCACAAAUAUGACUUUGCGGAAUAGCCCAUAGCUGCAACUAUCUUGGUGAGAAUAUUGUGGAUAAAAGUCCUGGCAUUAUUCAAUUUUAAAUAAUUCUCCCAUCCCCCAUUGUGUUCAGAGAAUCUGUAUAACAGGAUCAUCUUCAUAACCCCAUCUUCAAUUUAUUUGGGGGCACGGGUGGCCCAGUCGUCUAAGGUGCAGCAAUUCGCUGUGCAGAGUUGCGUCCCUUGAACAUGCCAGAAACCUAUGAUUGUGGGUUCGAAUCCUGCUCCUCGAUUAUG